AAAAGGAAGGAGCCUGACUUUAAAGUGACAGAGGAGGUAUACUGCCAGUUAGGCGAACCGUUGUACCUUUUUAAACAGCGUCUUCGUAGUUACUUUGCUUCCGAGCAUUGUGACAGAGCGCAGAGUUUGGGUGAUGGCUGAUAAAGAGGUGUAUGACGAUGCAGUCGAAGAGAGAGUCAUCAAUGAAGAGUACAAGAUCUGGAAGAAGAACACUCCUUUCCUGUAUGACCUGGUGAUGACUCAUGCGCUGGAGUGGCCCAGUCUCACCGUCCAGUGGCUUCCAGAUGUUCACAGACCUGAGGGGAAGGACUACACUGUUCACAGACUGGCUUUGGGGACCCACACAUCAGACGAGCAAAACCAUCUUGUGAUUGCCAGUGUCCAGGUACCAAAUGAUGAUGCCCAGUUUGAUGCCUCACACUACGACAGUGAAAAAGGAGCAGAGUUUGGUGGAUUUGGUUCAGUAAGUGGGAAAAUCGAGAUUGAGAUCAAGAUCAACCAUGAGGGAGAGGUGAACCGAGCCCGCUAUAUGCCCCAGAAUCCCUGCAUCAUCGCCACCAAGACCCCUACCUCUGACGUGCUGGUCUUUGACUACACAAAGCACCCUUCAAAGCCAGAUCCUAGUGGGGAGUGUAAUCCUGAUUUGAGGCUGAAAGGCCACCAGAAAGAAGGCUAUGGCCUUUCCUGGAAUCCCAACCUUAGUGGCAAUCUCCUCAGUGCUUCAGAUGACCAUACCAUCUGUCUAUGGGACAUUGGAAGUGGCCCAAAGGAAGGGAAGAUUUUGGAUGCCAAGACCAUCUUCACAGGCCACACAGCAGUGGUUGAAGAUGUUUCUUGGCAUUUGCUCCAUGAAUCUCUGUUUGGCUCAGUGGCUGAUGACCAGAAACUCAUGAUAUGGGACACUCGGUCCAAUAACACAUCCAAAGCCAGCCACUCAGUAGAUGCUCACACUGCCGAGGUCAACUGCCUAAGCUUCAACCCUUACAGCGAGUUCAUUCUGGCUACUGGUUCUGCAGAUAAGACUGUUGCAUUGUGGGAUCUUAGGAAUCUCAAACUGAAGCUGCAUUCCUUUGAAUCUCACAAAGAUGAAAUUUUCCAGGUACAAUGGUCUCCUCACAAUGAGACCAUCCUGGCCUCCAGCGGCACGGAUCGACGUCUCAACGUCUGGGAUCUCAGUAAAAUCGGUGAGGAGCAGUCAGCAGAGGAUGCAGAGGAUGGCCCGCCAGAGCUGCUGUUCAUCCACGGCGGCCACACAGCCAAGAUCUCUGACUUCUCCUGGAACCCCAAUGAACCUUGGGUGAUCUGCUCAGUUUCUGAGGACAACAUCAUGCAAGUCUGGCAGAUGGCUGAAAAUAUCUACAAUGAUGAGGAGCCGGACAACACCCCUGCGUCAGAGCUGGAGGCCCAGGGAUCGUAACCCAGAACUCAUCCAGUCCCAUGCUCCAGACCCAGCCUAGUCUGUCGUAUUCUCCUUUGGCUUUUCUCAAGCGCAAAAUGAAACGUCUGCUCUGUGCAUGAAUCAGCUACAUGGAAAGUUAAGAGGCAGCUUUACUCUUGCAGAACAGUUGGAUUGGUCUCUUCCUGAUUAAGCUUACACAUGGCCCAGGUACCUUAAAGCACUUAAGCAUUUGAAAUUAAAAAAAGAAAAGGGUUCUAGCUGCUCAGGUCGUUCUAUCACCCAUGUUUGAUGAAUGGGAUUUUGUAGAAAAGGGCCUGAGCAGAAAAAUAAACUACAAUGUCACUGUUCUCAGCAGUUAUCUUAAAGGGCUACUGUGUGGAAAACAUUUUAUUUCAACGCUUGGCAGUAUCAAGAAAACCACUGGAACAAGACUUUAUUUAAAAUGUGUGAGGAAACGAACAAAAGAAGAUUUUUCUGUAAGUGAGCAGACUUUGGGGAAACUACAUCGACACCUGUUCAAACUGAUAUGAAGGAAGAAGGACAAUACUUUCCCUCCUGUGAAGCACUUGUGGCUGUUCUUUUUGUUCUGUAGUGUUGAACUUUGACGAUAUUCAUGGCUGUUGUAUAAAAACAUUCCCUGCUCUCUUUGCCUUCUUUCCAUGAGGUACAGAAACUGUCAGGCUAGAAUACGUGGGGAUCCAAUGAUUUUCCCUUGUAUUCCUGUUUGUCGUCACAAAAAUGAAGCUGGCAUGUUGUUUCCUUUGACUCAAGUUGC